AUGGCUGAGCCCUUGGAGCCCGGGCGGCGGGAGGACGACGACGACGACGAGGAGCGGGAGCCGCUGCUACCCCGGAUCGCCUGGGCCCAGACGCCGAAAGUGGCCCCGGGGAGCGCCGUGAGGCUGCAGCAGCCCUCCGGAGAGGAGCGCGCGGCCGCCCCUGUAAGUGGAGUGACUUCAGAGAUGAAUACGUUCUCCAAUGAUCCAGAAUUUGCUGAUAUUGUAUCAAAAGCAGAGCAAGCAAUAGAAUGUGGAGUUUUCCCGGAAAGAAUCAUUCAAGGUUCAAGCGGAAGUUACUUUGUGAAGGAUCCUAAGAGGAAAACUGUUGGUGUGUUUAAACCGAAAUCUGAAGAGCCUUAUGGUCAAUUAAACCCCAAAUGGACCAAGUAUGUUCAUAAGGUCUUCUGCCCUUGCUGCUUCGGGAGAGGUUGCUUGCUCCCGAAUCAGGGGUACCUUUCUGAAGCUGGAGCCUACCUUGUGGAUGAAAAGCUUCAUCUUGGAAUUGUUCCUAAAACAAGGGUGGCCUGGCUGGUCAGUGAGACAUUUAACUACAGUGCAAUUGACCGCGCAAAGUCAAGAGGCAAGAAGUAUGCUUUGCAGAAAGUGCCAAAAGUAGGGAGAAAAUUCCAUCGGAUAGGUCUCCCUCCAAAGGUUGGUUCCUUUCAGUUAUUUGUUGAAGAUUACAGGGAGGCGGAAUAUUGGCUUAGGAAAUUUGAAGCUGACCCUCUGCCUGAGAAUAUCAGAAAACAAUUUCAGUCACAGUUUGAAAAAUUAGUUGUUUUGGAUUACAUCAUCAGAAAUACAGACAGAGGCAAUGAUAAUUGGUUAAUCAAAUGUGAGAAGCUGAGUCAUAGAAAGGAAACUGAAAUUAAGGAAGCCAUGUGGAUUGCUGAUAAAGAACCUCUAAUUAAAAUUGCUGCCAUUGAUAAUGGUCUAGCAUUUCCUUUUAAACACCCUGAUGAGUGGAGAGCAUAUCCAUUUCAUUGGGCUUGGCUUCCUCAAGCAAAAGUUCCUUUUUCUGAAGAAACAAGAGACUUGAUUCUGCCCUCCAUUUCUGACAUGAAUUUUGUGCAAGAUUUAUGUGAAGAUCUUUAUGAACUUUUUAAGAUGGAUAAGGGGUUCAACAAGACCACCUUUGAAAGUCAGAUGUCUGUGAUGCGGGGUCAGAUCCUGAACCUCACUCAGGCGCUGAAAGAUGGGAAGAGCCCCGUCCAGCUGGUUCAGAUGCCGUGUGUGAUUGUGGAACGAAGUCAUGGUGGAGGUCAGGGUCGGAUUGUCCACCUCAGCAGUUCAUUUACUCAGACUGUUCAUUGCAGGAAGCCAUUUUUUUCCUCCUGGUAG